AUGGUGAUGAGACAAGUCCUAAAUCAAGCUAGGGAGUCAAAUCCAUGUGUCAGGGUCAGGGUUCAAAUCAACAGGGUGCCUGGCCAGUGUGUUCUCAAGUUCUCCAUUCUGGGGCUGGUGUAUCACUGGAAUAAGCCAAGAGGUGUGCCAGGGAUUUUGGUCAAAGUGAUAUUAGUGGAGGGAUGGCAUGAUUUAGAUAACAAAGACUAUGACUGUUGGCCCCUGGAUAAACCAGAUGAGUAUAACAUGCUGGACUGUGGAGGCCUGGAGAUGGCAUGGGUGCAAAGACCUCCAGAAAAGGCUGUCAGUGGGGAAUUCUUCAACGUAACCUAUGCAGUCUUUGCUUCAGACAACUUUUAUCAAUAUGCAGUGCAAAAUGGAAUCCUUUCUCACAGCAAUGCUACUGCUGCAAAGGAAUUCUGUGAGAAGCAUGAAUGCCCUGCCAGCUGGAAAGAUGCAAAUGGAGAGAACUGCUGUGUCUACCAUGCCAACAUUCACUCCUGUCCUUUGGCCUUCAUGGGUAGAGGAGGAAUAUGUGGUCCGUGGAUCCCAGAUGAUGGCCAGAUAUUUACUCACACUUUGUCUACAGCUGGCAAAAUAAGCCAAAGAAACUGGACUGCUAAGGUUGUUUUAGUUCAUGUGGGUGUGACUUCUCUCAUCGCACACAUCAGAGUUGGGAGAAUGCAAGUUGCUCUGGAAGCAAAAACCACAGUCCUUCCUGCAGUAGUCUGUGGAGAUGGCUUUUGUGAGGAAGAAGAAGGCUGCUCUAUCUGUCCAGCAGAUUGUGGGGAAUGCCCAUUGUCUGCUGGUGCUAGGAUAGCAAUUGUCUUACCAAUAUGUUUAGUCUGCACUGGCUUCAUUUUGACAGUCAUGUGGUUUGAAUAUCAGAAACAAAAGAUGUUUUGGGAUGAAAGCUGGAUUAUAGACUUCACUUGCAUCAAACAAGGCCAAAUCCAUGAUGGUAGAACAGUGGCCAUAAAGAAAAUAAUGAAGAAGACAUUCACGCUGUCCAAAUCCAUACGUAAAGAAGUGAAGCAAGUGAGGGAACUUGACCAUCCCAAUCUCUGCAAAUUCAUUGGAGGUUGUAUAGAAGUGCCAAAUGUUGCCAUCGUGACAGAGUACUGCCCCAAAGGCAGCCUGAGUGAUGUUCUACUCAAUGAAGACAUUCCUUUGAACUGGGGCUUCAGGUUUUCUUUUGCUACUGAUAUUGCGCAAGGAAUGGCCUAUCUUCACCACCACAAAAUGUAUCAUGGACGGUUGAAGUCUAGUAACUGUGUGAUAGAUGACCGAUGGGUUUGUAAAAUUGCAGAUUAUGGUUUACAGUCAUACAGAAAAGAAGAUUCUCCUGAGGGGUCAGGCUCAUACCAGCAGCAUUUGAUACAGAUUUACACAGCUCCUGAAAUCCAUUCCUUUUCAGACUUUGAACCCAAUUCGGUGACAGAUGUCUACAGUUAUGCCAUCAUUUUACUGGAAAUUGCCACGAGAAGUGACCCUAUGAAAGAUGAUGUGCAUUCAGCUGAAUAUUCUUGGUGCCCACCUUUGGCAGAAUUAAUUUCAGGAAAGGCUGAGGAUGCUUGCCCUUGUCCCACAGAUUACAUAGAGUUAAUCAGAAGGUGCAGAAAAAAUAAUCCAGCGCAAAGGCCUACAUUUGAACAAGUCAAGAAAAUGUUGUCCAAGAUGAAUCCUAAUAAAGUUAGCCCUGUUGACAUGAUGAUGACUCUGAUGGAGAAAUAUAGCAAACAUCUGGAGAUACUGGUUUCUGAGAGAACCCAGGAUUUAAUGCACGAAAAACAGAAGACUGAUCGUCUGUUGUAUAGUAUGUUGCCGAAGCAAGUAGCAGAUGAUCUCAGGCAGGGAAAACAUGCACAAGCUCAAAGUUACUUAAGUGCCACCAUCUUUUUCAGUGAUAUUGUUGGCUUCACUCAGCUGUCCAGCAGCAGCACACCUUACCAAGUGGUAGAUCUCUUGAACAAGCUUUAUACCACUUUUGAUGAAAUCAUAGAUAACUAUGAUGUCUAUAAGGUGGAGACAAUAGGAGAUGCCUAUAUGGUGGUGUCAGGAGUACCCAAAGAGAAUGGGAUCCUUCAUGCUGGUGAGAUAGCAAGCAUGGCUUUGGACCUUCUGGACGUCUGCAAGACUUUUAAGAUCCCACACAAACCCAACACUCUCCUAAAGAUAAGAGCAGGAAUCCAUUCAGGGGCAGUUGUAGCUGGAGUUGUUGGGACCAAAAUGCCACGGUAUUGUUUAUUUGGAGAUACUGUGAACACAGCUUCCAGGAUGGAAUCUACCAGUGAAGCUCUUAAAAUACAGUGCAGUUCAAGUGCGUACCAGCUGUUGGAACAGAUUGGAAAGUAUGUGCUAGUAUGCCGUGGAAAUUUACAAGUCAAGGGGAAGGGAGACAUGGUAACAUACUGGCUUGAAGGUAAGAAAGCCUCUGCCACCCAGAAGGCAGUCACCAGCACUUCUGCAACUCUUCAAGACACCAACAGAGCUCCAUUUAGUUUGAUACCAGGUGUCCUUCCCAGUGAUCCUCUCUCAAGUACUGCUUACUAG